AUGCCACCGGCAUUACCUCCCAAAUCAGAGAAGGAUGUAUCUGCCAUUCAAGCACCCUCUGAAGCAGUCUCUCCUACAAGCGAUGUGGAUGUUGAUGCAUCUAACCAGAUGGAUAGUGGUUCAGAUGAUAUGUCGGAAUCGUCGCCGGUAGAACAGACAUCGCACGCGACUUUCAUAGCACCGGCCUUACCACCCAUCCGGUUUUCAUUGAACACAGGUGAUUUCUCGGAUCUGCUCAGCUCUGUUGGCGGGAUCAACGCGUUGAAAUCCUUGGAUCAGUUAACGAGCAUCACCGAAAAGAACAAAGAGAGCAUCGACGAUGUUCCUUCAACCCCACCGCCUUCAGCUACUUCUAUAAGAACGAAUGGUGUAACGUCGACCCCAAGUAGCGAUGUCACUAUUAUUGGAUUGUCCGCGCCGGGCUAUCGUAAAAAUAGAAGUGUUUCGACUGACGGCCUUCGUGCUUCUGCCGCAACAUCGUCUACGUCAACGCAAGAGCGCGAAUCCUCCGAGUCGCAUCCAGAAUCUCUUCAAACUUUGAAUGCUAAUGUAUCCGAAAUCAAUGAAUCCCACUCCUCUGGCCGUAUCACCUUGACAACGCCGGGGAGUGUCACCAGACCAGAUGAUUCCGAUUUCGUACUUUUGCGGUUACAAGAAGCAAUGGCUGACGCCAAGGAGCGAGGUGCUCAGCAGCUGAAACUGGACCGCGCUUUUGUCGAAGCUAUCAUCAAGGCCAUGAAUGUCAGAAGAGCAGACCUUUUCGAUCUGAAGGGCAAAUUCGAUGGCGUCAAGAGAGCAAGUAAACAAUACAUUGAAGGAUUGACUGUCGCUCAGACGGAGUAUGAUCGCGGCACGGAUUACCGCGCUUUCUGCUUGUCGGGGCUGGAGCAGGAUUUGUCAAAACUCAAGGUUGACCGUGACAUGGCAUUGGCAGAGGUCGAGGAGAUAUCUGCGACGAAAGGCUCAAGUGCGGCGGCUGACCAGCGUCCUAUACAUCUGAACCGUUCUCUCACGAUGCGUCUUGACACGUUAAAGCUGCAGUAUCAGAGAGAUCUGGUUCCAUUGACCCACGAGCGAGAGGCCUUAUCUCGAGAGAUUAUGGAGCUCAAAGCUGUUCGAGACGUCUUCCUUGAAGAAACGACGGUUCUCAAUGCUCGCAAUGAGGAAUUGGCUCAGCUCAGUGCCCAUCAGCUGCACCAGCCACAGACAUCUGUGCAAUUGCCUUCUCAAAAUCCUUAUGCCUCUACUACCUCUUUGGUUACUGAAGAGACGAUUGCUGAUAUGAAAACCGUCAUCAAGAUUUCGAAGCCAGAAACAGAACUGCCUACGCCAUCGAAAGGGAAGUUCAUCAAAUGGCCGGGUUCCAGAACAAAGGAUCUUCCCAACCUCAUAAACGUUGGCGAUGGCCGCAGUAGGGGGCACUCGGAGCACAACUUCCAGCAGCUCAGUGUGCUGCGAUUCACUCGAUGUGAUCAUUGCGGAGAUAAGAUGUGGGGCUCCCAGCUGCGUUGUACAGGCUGCAACAUCUCCGUCCACGUGCGGUGCAUAAACCAUGUUCAGGUUUUGUGUACGCAGCAAAGUUCAAAUCGUGAUGAUUCGCAAAUCUUGCCGCACUCAAUGUUUGGCCGCGACCUUAUAGAGCAGGUGUAUGCUGAUGCCAAAGGGAGCUCGCGACAGGUUCCGGUCAUUGUUGAUAAAUGCAUCGAAGCUGUUGACGCCAUAGCACUGGAUUACGAAGGGAUCUAUAGGAAAACAGGUGGAUCCAGCCAGAGCAAAUCAAUCACUCAGCUCUUUGAGCGUGGCGACUAUAAUGCGUUUGACCUUCGGGACUCAGACCGAUUCAAUGACAUAUGUAGUGUCACUUCCGUGUUGAAGGCCUACUUCCGAUCUCUCCCUGUCCCUCUUCUGACCUAUGACCUUCAUGACCAAUUCAUGUCCGCUGUCGAAAUCCGUGACUCCUCUGUUAAAAACAAAACGCUGCUCGACCUGGUGAACAAGCUGCCAAAGGAGCAUUAUCAUACACUGCGUGCUCUGAUGAUCCAUUUGAAUAAGGUUUGUCAACGGAGUGAGAGGAACUUGAUGAAUGCUCGGAAUCUGGGCGUUGUAUUUGGCCCCACGUUAAUGAAAUCCCGUAACCCUGGCGCGGAGUUCAGCGACAUGGCUGGCAAAGCGCUUUCCAUAGAAUGGCUAGUGGAGAAUGCGCCCCAGAUUUUUGCUGAAAGCGCAUCUCGAUAG